UCGUUUAGUUAAAGUUAGGUUAGGUUACGUUUAAAUCACGCGUUUAGGAAUAUAAAUAAAGGAAUUAAAAGAAAUUAAAUUCAAAAAAUGUUUAAACAAAGUUUAAGACUUAUCACUCCAGGUAGUUUAAAUGUAUUUUCCGUUAGUCCUAGACACGAAACUUAUUGUACAAUAUCAAGUGAAUCGACGAAAAAAUGGGAUUUAUUGAGUGCAGUUUGUUUAGAACGACAUCCAAUUAUUACAAGACCAUUGAACAAAAUAGAAAGGGAAUUUCAAGAAUGUAUCUCCGAAAUAGAAUUCGAAAACAGUUUUAAAUCAAAUCACGAAUUGAGAAUUGAAAAAGAGAAUAGAGAGAAAAAAACAGCAACAAUAGUGAUAGAUGAAAAUGAAGAUGCUAAAUUUAAAAUGCAAUCUGUAGGGGAAUAUGAAGAUGCUUGUCAAUUGGAGUUGGAAUCAUUUAAAUUAGCUCCAAGAACUACAGAAGCAGACGAGAAAAAUUUGACGAAUACUUUUAAGCGGAAAUUGGACAAAUCAUUGUUAUUCAUAACCGAGCAAAAAUUGGGAAAUAAUCUUCUGUGGCAACCGCCACAAGGAAUUAGAAACGACGGAGAAACUAUGAGACAGGCGGCCGAAAGAGUAUUGCGUGACACCUGCGGACCUGAAUUGACAGUUCAAUUUUAUGGAAAUGCUCCCGUUGGUUAUUAUAAAUAUUUAUAUCCAAAAGCGGUGCGAACGGAAAAAGCCGAUGGAGCAAAAGUAUUUUUCUACUUAGCCAAAUAUAUAAAAGGAAAUGUUUCCGAUAAAGUGAAACAUCAAUGGCUCGAUAGAACUGAGCUUACUAAAGUGUUAGAAAAACCUACACGAAAGGCAUUAUUUCAAUUUUUACUUCCCGAUUAAAUGGAUUAGUAUUUUUUUUAGACAAGAUAACGCCAAGAGUGCAAACCUUUUAAAUUUUUUCUAAUAAUGUAAAUAUUACGAUGAAGAAUAUUAAUUUAUAGCACUUGAUUUGAAGUCAAUUCACGAAACUAAUUUAAAUUUUAUAGAGUAUAAAAUUAAAUUAUUCGCGAACUGAGGUAUUUUUGAUUCCUUUUUUUUUAUUACGAGUAAAAUGGUCCUUUUUUUUCUUUUUAAAGAGGCACUUUAUAUUCCUUCGAGCUAUGUACAGUGUGAAAAAUAUAGUGUUGAUAAUA